AUGAGAAACCGUCUUCUCCUGAUGAACCUUCCGGCGAACAUACUCGUCGAGAUCCUCGCCCGCCUUCCGGCCAAAUCCCUCGCCGCCUGCAAAUCCGUCUGCAAGACGUGGCUCGAACUCAUCACCACCCCUUACUUUAUAUCCCUCCAUUUCUCCCUGUCAAGCCCCUGCCUAAUCGUCCACCACUCCACCAUGUUCGAAAAACACUUCAACCUCCUCGAUUUCCACCAUUCCCGGAGAAAAAAACCCACCGCCGCAAAAAUCACCUUCGCCGGAAUCAGCCCUUUCCCGGACUCCGACAUCGUCAUCGACGGCUCGUCAAACGGAUUCCUCUUCCUACGAGACAUAAACUACGCCCACGAGACCCUCUUCGUUUGCAACCCGUUCACGCGAGAGUAUUUCGAGCUCCCGCGGCCCGACGGGCUCGUCCGCUACCCGAUGGCCGUGACUCACGGUUUCGGGUUCUCCGCCAAAACCGGCGAACACAAAAUCGUCCGAAUUCUACACGGUCGCGAGCUCAACCCUAGAAACCGGGCCUGCGAGCGGGUCCCGUUUUCCUCGUGCCAAGUCUUCGGUUUUCGCGAUCGGGCCUGGAAAACGGUUAUCGGGCCUCCGGUCCGUUUCGUCUACAACAGUCGGCUCGUCGGGGUUUUUCUUCAUGGAAACGUUCAUUGGCUCGUCCAUGAUCUCGAGGGCUUCGAGCUGAUCUCGUGCUUCGACCUCGAAACCGAGGGGUUCGUUCAGCAUUUUCCGAGCCCGUUUCUUGGCGGUGGGGGGCAGGGGAUUUGGGGGAGCUUGGGAGUGUUAAGGGGCUGUUUGGCUCUUUGCGACAACACGGGUGAUUGGGACAUCGAUAUUUGGAUUAUGGGGGAUUACGGGGUGGGGAAGUCGUGGGAGAAGAAGAUCGUGAUCGGGAAAACAAUGCCGGGCCUCGUGGGCCCAUCUUUUCAGAUGGUUCACGUGAUCGAUGAGUUGGAGGACGGGAGUUUGUUGAUCGUGUGGGGCGAUUUUUUCAUGCUUCGCUAUUCGGCGAGGAGCAAAGUGGUCGAGGGGGUGGAUUUGAACCAGCCGAAGGGGCCCAACAGCAUGGAGGCUAUCCGGCACGUGCCGAGCCUCGUGAGCCUCAAGAGCUUCGUGCCGCCGGAGAAUUUUAGCAAUCCACAAAACAACAUUCGGCCGCCGUCCUCCUCUCUGUCAAGGCCGAGUCGCUGCUGCGUCUGGGACCUUAUUCCCUACCCUUCCGGUGGUCGGUGGGAAUUUGGCCGGCGUCGGUCCUCGUCGUCCCGCCUUUCCUCCAACCCCAGAGGGGUCCCCGGCCUCCAACUCCGCCUCCACCUCCUGCUCAGCUUUGGGUACCUAUGGUGCUCAGCUUUGGGUACCUAUCGAGUCGUUGGUGUUCAGUCUCAAGAGCUUCUCCUCUCUAUCUUGGAGUUUGCGUUUGGGCUUUGA